UCCCAUUAUCGCUCAAACUUUUAAUUAUAGUCAAGUAAGUAUAUUACCAAUCUAACUCCAAUUCCCUCCUUAAAUAAAUUUUAUGUACUAGUAACAUACUCUAUAUAAUUUCCGAUCCAAAUUUAAGAGUGCCCAUAUAUAGAUCAGAUCACCCAGUACCCUUCUAAAUCACUGCUGACUAGCUCCUAAUUAGGAGUAUUUAUUUAUUGUAUUUAUUGUACUCCGUAAUUGUUAUUUAUUUAAAUUAUAACAAUAAUUAAUGGUGGAGCUAAAGAAAGACACCGCCGCCGGCAGCAGCUCCUGGAGAGAAGGUAAGGCGGCGGCGGACGGGAAGACGGUGGAGGGCAUGGCGAUGGAGAACUGCCUGGUGCUUCUUUCUCGUAUGGACGACGAUCGGAUUCCGCUACUUUCCGGUGGCCGCGGAUUCGAGUGCAAGACUUGCCGGAGACAGUUCCAUACCUUCCAGGCGCUCGGUGGCCACAGGGCCAGCCACAAAAAACCUAGGGUUUCCGCCGCCGGCGAGGAAAGUCGCUCCAAGAAAUUGCACAAGUGCUCUAUUUGCGGGUUGGAAUUCGAUAAAGGUCAAUCUUUGGGCGGACAUAUGAGCAAACACCGCGCCAAGCAGCAGCAGUUAGUCCUCGCCGCUGCUGGAUGUAAUGGCGACGGAGAGUCAUCGGUGGCGGCGGCGGUUGUGGUGAAGAAGCAGGAGGAGGAGGAGGAGGAGGAGGCGUCUCCGUCGGAAGCGGUGGUGGGUCCUUGGGAUUUGAAUCUGACUCCACUCCAGAAUGAGCAUAUGCUGGCCAGAGCCUCAGACGCAGCAGUGCCGGCGCCGCCGCCACCCUAAAUGGUUCUAACUUCUUAGAUUAUUAGGUUUCCUAGAGUAGAUUUUAUAAAUACAGAGUAGUCCUCAAGCCUUAUUCUUUCUUAGAUUUGUUUGUAGCUAAUCUAUCUAUUCGUACUCUAACUUUUUUCUUUUGCUCAAUGUAAGUAUAGACAAGAAGAUGGUUUGGAAAUUCGAAUCCCCUG